UCACAGCACCAGUUUCGUUCAAAUCAAAACAAGACUCCAUUUUCGCAGAUUGUGUUUCCUAAAAGUUCCACCAAAAAACUCGUUUUUCCGGAGAAAAUACUUAAUAUUACACCGUUUUUCGCGUGAGUAGUCAACUUUAGCGGAAACAAUGGCAUCCCCGCUGGAAAAUCUCGAAAACCACCUGGAAAUGUUCAUCGAAAACGUUCGCCAGAUCCGGAUCAUUGUAAGCGAUUUUCAACCCCAGGGCCAGAACGUGCUGAAUCAGAAAAUCCAAUCGCUGGUCACUGGCCUCCAGGAGAUCGACAAGCUCAAGAACCAGGUGGACGUGAACGUGCCGCUGGAGGUGUUCGACUACAUCGACCAGGGCCGCAAUCCGCAGCUCUACACCAAGGACUGCAUCGACAAGGCGCUGACCAAGAACGAGGAGGUCAAGGGGAAGAUCGACUCGUACCGGAAGUUCAAGAGCAACCUGAUGAAGGAGCUGGACGAAACCUUCCCGACCGAGAUCGCCAAGUACAAGGCUAUCCGGGGGGACGAAUAGUAGUAAGAAGCGGUGGUGGGCGAGAUACGGAUCGUUUAUUUUAGAUGCUAAGGUAUUUCAAUUAAUUUAUUAAGCGGGGAAUAAAUGUGAACGGAAUUGGAGAGAACAGAA